CAGGAGGAAGAAGGCAAGAAAUUAUUGAAAGCUGUGAUGAGAACAUGGCUCCAAGCUGGUGAAGCUCUACUUCAGAUGAUAACCAUUCAUUUGCCAUCCCCUAUCACCGCUCAGAAGUACCGUAUGGAAAUGUUGUAUGAAGGACCUCAUGAUGACCCUGUUGCUUUGGGUAUCAAGAACUGUGAUCCUAAGGUAUGCAUGCAUGCAGGUAUUUAUUAAAAUGGGUCGUUGCGGUUUUCAAAUGAACAAAUAUUGAAAAAUAAUGUCGACAUUUUUUCUACUCUGGAGAGUCGCGAAAUCUUAAACCUUGUCUUGUUGCCAAACUUCAGAUGAACAUGGUUCCUAUUUUUCAGUAAAUGUUAUAUAAUACCUUAUUAAAUUCUAAUCGUUUAAUUGGCUGUUUAUGUUCACGUGAUAUUGAAUAGAAAAUUCCAUUUCCCAAGAGUGCAAUGGAACACGUUCCAAUGGUAAGAAUAUUUUCAUGAGGUGAAAGAUGGAAUGUUCCAUUUAACGAGGCGACAGCCGAGUUGAAUGGAACAUUCCAUCUUUCACCGAAUGAGUUGAAAUUAGCCGAGUUGAAUGGAACAUUCCAUUUUUCAUCUUUCACUAAUAGCUACUUUCACAUAUAAAAUAGCUACUUUCACAUAUAAAAUUAUUAAUGAUAGCGAGAAAAUGCCAGUAAUAUUUGAAAAUAUGGUCACACCAGCUUCAGUUUCGCACUCACACAACACCAGGUUUGCCGCUAAACAAAAUAUUUGUAGACCAAAAACUAGAACAAAUUAUGGAAUAUACACAUUUAAGACAAUUUCAUCUAAAAUUUGGGAAACUACCGAUUAUAAAAUAAAAAUGUCUGUCUCAUGAGUCAUGUCAUGUAUUUUCAAAACAGUAUAAACAAACACUAUUGCUAUCGCAAAAAUUGUAAUUUAUGCAUGUAAAUGUAACUAUUUACAAAUUUGUUGUUGUCAAUUCAAUAUAUCUGCUCAGUAAUGAUUUAAUGUACUCAUUUCAAAUAAACUAUCAAAUGCACGGUGAAAGGCGGAGGGUGAGGUGACCAUUUGAUUGGUUACCUCGGCCUCCCUUUUUCACUGUGUAGGCAGUGGUCGACCCGAAAGCGUAAAGCUACUUUGACCACUGCGUACGAUUAUGCUACUAUAUUAAUACUUUGAAAGCUUGAUUACAAUUUUUGAUAUAAAUUAUGUAAAAUAUUUGUGUACGUCGUGCGAAUUUAAUAAAUUGUAAAUUGUAAAUUGCAAUAUUAUUUCACGACUGUUGACUCGUAAUUGAUAUGUGAAACCCCUUACGUACAAUCAAACGACUACUGACUACUUGGAACUUUUGCGCACCAUAUAUUGCUUGUAAUGAAACAAUUAAACAUCGAGAAAUUUUAUGGGAAAGCCGUGUUGUGCACGCUCAACACUGAAAAUACCAAACAUAUUGCAAUAUUUUUGGGAUAUCUAUAUAUUGAAAAACCAAAUACCGAAUAACCGAUAAUAUUUAAAAAAGAUACUUAUCAAUAUACUGCAACAGCCUAUUUUAGAAAUAUCUCAAAUGGGGUUAUGCCAUGUAUUAAUUAUAUUUCUUUCAUCAGGGACCAUUGUGUAUGUAUGUUUCAAAAAUGAUGCCAACCAACGAUAAAGGUCGUUUCUAUGCUUUUGGACGUGUCUUCUCUGGUGUUGUUGGAACUGGGCAGAAAGUUAGAAUUAUGGGACCCAACUACGUCCCAGGCAAGAAUGAAGAUCUGUAUAACAAACCUAUUCAGAGGUAAGAUUUUUGACUUCAGACACUUUGUGAAAUAUUGGGGGGGGGGGGGAUUUAGGUUGCCAUUAUAUGACCACCCUAAAUUUGUCGCUGCAACUUGCAUUUCUUUAAAUUUUCUGAGCUAAAUUUCAUGCAAAUUUGCUAGCUUAAUUUAGAAAGCCUAUUAGGGGUUUCACUUCCGCUAGUGAGUAUCGGGGUAGUGGAAGUAUAUGAGUAUCAGAUUGAGCGUACCAGUGCUUUCAUGGUUGUAAAAUUAUUGUAACAGCUUUGUUACACAGUUAACUAUUCAGCCACCAUUCAAAGGCUUUCUGAGAUUAUUGGGGGCCCCCACCCCUGGCUCCCUCCUUAGCUCUCACCACAUCUUGUCUGCCUGGUUAGGGUCUUGUAACAUUCGGUGUGUUUCAAUGAGGAUUGUGGCAGAACGUAAAUAAUGGAGACUCUUUGGGAGCAACUACUUUAAUAUUUACUCUAUCUAACGCCAGACGAUUUUACUUGUCAAGAGGAGAGCGCUGAAACUCAAUGACUCAAUUGAAUAUGUUAAUCAGACAAUGACUCAAUUGGUUAAUGUAUGUGUCUAGUUAAUCCAUCAAGUUGCAAUGCACCCCACUUUAUUAUUUUACUCCGCUGUCUAAUGCCAGACGAUUUUACUAAUAAUAAUAAAUGAAUCAGUCAACUGAGAGCUUAGCGAGCUCUAAAAACCAGCAUGUUUACAGGACUAUCUUGAUGAUGGGUCGUUACAUUGAGCCAAUUGAAGACGUUCCUUGUGGUAACAUUGUCGGUCUUGUCGGUGUUGAUCAGUACCUUGUAAAAACUGGAACAAUCACAACGUAUGCGGAAGCUCAUAACUUGAAGGUAUGUUAUAAGAUCUUCAGGGAUUACACACAGAGACUUGAAUUAUUGUAGAUAAGAAUUUCAGUGAAGAAGUUAACUGAUGCUCUAAUCAAACUUACAAACCACAAACAAGUUUAGAUAAACACAUUAUAUUGAAAUUCUAAUCUUAGUUUAUACAGUAUGUAUGCAUUUACAAUUCAGAUCUACACUGUACUAUAGGCAUUUAAUAUAAACUUAUCUACAGUAUGUAUGUAUAAUGUAUUAGGUCAUGAAAUUCAGUGUAUCGCCUGUCGUUCGUGUGGCUGUUGAACCCAAGAACCCAUCUGACUUGCCAAAACUGGUUGAAGGUCUGAAGAGAUUGACUAAAUCUGAUCCUAUGGUACAGGUAUGUACACCGAACUCAAUUAUCCUUGAGGCCUCCGGUUAAGUGAGAAUGAUCCCAGAACAUAUAAAGAAUGUUUUUAAAUAUUAUGCCACCUUACAGGGCUGCCAAGUGGUUUGUGGGCGCCCCCUAUCAAUCCCAUGUUUUUUUUAUUAUAGACACUAUCUACACUGGCACAGACCGUUAUUAUUAGACCAGAUAUUUUUUGUUUUACCAAAACGAUUGUUCUUGUAUUUAAGAAGUACUGCAUGGUACCUUUCUUGUUUUCUUUAGUGUCUAAUUGAAGAAAGUGGUCAGCACAUUGUGGCUGGAGCUGGUGAACUUCAUCUUGAAAUUUGCCUGAAAGAUUUAGAAGAAGAUCAUGCCUGUAUCCCACUGAAGACAUCAGAUCCAGUCGUAUCGUACCGUGAAACUGUCACUGAAGAAUCCAGUGUUACUUGUUUGUCGAAAUCACCAAACAAGCAUAACAGAUUAUUCAUGAGAGCAGCAAAAUUACCUGAUGGUUUGCCCGAGGAUAUUGACAAUGGUAUGUAUUUUUUGAGAACAGCACCGUUACUUGAUGGUUUGUUCGUGGAUAUUGACAAUGCAUGGUACGUACUUUGUUGUUAGUUAGUUUCACUGAGCUGGGUGAUCAAUGAGAAUGAGAGUUGUAAGCGAGAGUUUGCAUGAAAGUUUCUCAACUCUCCAGCAUGAGAGUUGACGAGAAUUGACUGGAUAUUACCAGUCAAACGAACCAACUCAAAGUUGAUGAGAGUCAAUAAGAGCUGGUGGUCAAACGCGAGCAAGAGUUGCGACGCCAUCCUCGUUUGGCGUUGGAUUUCCAGCAGCAAACUAAUUAGCUCCAUUUAUCAAUUCUAUUUGGCACCAAGUAUAACACUACUAUAUAUGCUUCAAUAUUAUCUAUAUUUCUCCACCCUGAUGAUUGCCAGCCAGUGGGUGAAGCUACAGACUAAAUUUUGAUCUAGGCAAGAAGAACUAAAUCUAACACCACAGCUAGAAAGAGCAUCUUAGAAUGAGUAAAACAAAGUUUGGUUGCGAAAUGUUGUACAAUGGAGAAAAUAUAGCCCUGUGUAGUUCGCAAAUUUUGUAUAUGGUAAAGAAACAGAAUUGAGAAAUAUAGCAGAACUUGCUUGCUCCUAUAUUUGUGUCGAAAGUUAUGAAGAUAAAUUUGCUGCACAGUAUCGCUUAAUGAAUGGAACCAAUACGAGGUGGAUUUCACUAAAAGCACUAUCGUGCAGCAGAUGCUGGUCAACGCAUGAUUCCAGCUUAGACGAAAUUUUGAUCUAGACAAGAACGAAACCAUUACCAUAGCUGGAAAGAUAAAAUGAGUAAAAUUUCAAAGUUUGGUUGCGAAACGAUGUUAAAAUGAGGAAAAUAUAGCCCUGUGAAGUUCGCAAAUUUUGUAUAUACUUGCAUUGACUGCAUUACGCGCGGGAAAAAUAACCAUUUUUGAGCCGAAAGUGGUUAUUUUUACCACGCGUAAUACAAAUACCAAAUUGAAGACACGAUUCUCUCAGUCUGAUAACUGCUGGUUAAUCCACGUCUGCUCAACGAUCUCUCUCAAUCUGCUGCACAAUAGCGAAACCCAUCUAUUCUAUAAUUCUUUAUUGUUGGCUUUUGUAAAAUUGUUCCCACAAACUAACUCAGGCCUGCAAAUUAGUGCCAGUCAUCGGACAUUGUCCAGCCAAAUUUUACCGUUUGCCUGAUCAAAGCGUUUUAUGACCGAACAUGUGAUCGACCGAUUUAGGCUAUAGUCAAAUUUCUAAUCUCAAAAAAUUGAUUAUUUAACACAUUUUUUAUUAAUGAAACCAACAAGAAAGCAAUGUAGACCGUACUUCUCCACUAUUUCUCGCUGCAUUAAGCCGCAAGAUUUAAUUAUAAAUCUACAUUCUACAUCACCUUCGGAAACACAGUACACGGUACACAAGGUACACACGGUACACACGGUCAUAGCACACGGUACACACGGUCAUAGCACACGGUACACACGGUACACACGGUCAUAGCGCACGGUACACACGGUACACACGGUACACACGGUACACACGGUACACACGGUACACACGGUACACACGGUACACAGUACACAGAACAUAGAACAUAGUACAAAUUAAAGUUAUGUAUAACCUGAACCAUAAUUUACUGGUGCAUUAGGACUGAUAUAGAUACUGUAUAUACUAAGUUUUAGAUGCAUUGCAGUGCGAACAUACAUCGUCAAAACAAAAUAUGAAACAUUUUACUUUGUCCAUUGUCCGGGAAAAACUGAUAAAUGUCCGACCAAUUUUUGGCUUGGCCAGACAUUUGUCCUUCCAAGUAAAAUAAUUAUUUGCAGGCCUGCUAACUAUGUAUGCGUUUCAAACCAGGUGACGUCUAUCCAACCCAGGAUAUCAAAGCCCGUGCACGAUACUUGGCUGAGAAAUACGGAUUCGAUGUCAGCGAGGCCCGUAAGAUCUGGUGUUUUGGACCGGAGACCAGUGGUCCCAACAUUGUCAUUGAUAUUUCCAAGGGUGUGCAAUAUUUGAACGAGAUCAAGGAUAGUGUUAUUGGCGGUUUCGAAUGGGCAUCCAAGAAGGGACCGUUGUGUGAAGAAAAUUUGCGUGGUGUGAGGUUUAAUAUUCAUGACGUCACCGUCCAUGCUGACGCUAUGCACCGGGGUGCUCGGCAGAUCAUGCCUACUGCUAGACGAUGUAUUUAUGCUUGUAUAUUGACUGCUACCCCUGGUCUGCUCGAACCUGUUUACUUGUGUGAAAUCCAGGUAGGACUGUUUGCCAUUUCUUUGGUUGCAAUGGCGGACACUUCACGACUAAUAUCGGGGGAGCCCUUAACCCAAUUUGUCAAUUCGGUCAAUGAAAGUUAUGGAAUAGCUCGAUGUACAGUAGAAGUAUGACAAUUGUUUAUUGUGCUAGUUGUAAGAUACGUAUAUUUAUCAGGAGGAAUGCAGGGGGUGCGACCCCCCAGUGAUGUCCAGCAUCCCCUUGAAGAAAAUACAAGUACUGUGAGGACAAAUUUCAUGAAUAAAUGGCAUUUAAGGACUUCAAAUUUCAGAAAUUUUCUGAGGGAGAAUGCCCUGGGACCCCCGUAGUAACGCAUCCACCCUGGAAAACCUCCACCUCCUCUGACAAAUCAGACCAGAUCCACCCUUGAUAUUUAUGCUGCUAUGUUGAUAUUCUUAGUGCCCUGAAGUUGCAGUUGGCAGCAUCUAUGGUGUAUUGAACCGACGUCGUGGUCAUGUUAUUGAAGAAUGUCAAGUUGCUGGAACACCCAUGUUCGUUGUUAGAUCGUAUCUGCCUGUAAAUGAAUCAUUCGGUAAGUAAUAGAUAAAGCAUGAGCGGCCGUUGUAUCAGAUUCUGAUGCAACACGGCCGCUCAUAUAUAGCUUGUGAAACGUCUCGUAUCGUUCAAAUGUGUCAACGUUAACUGUAACUAGUUUAUGUCAUUCAUGGUCGAUUUAUAGGGGGCGGGGGUGCACAAGGUUGUUGGCCUUGGCCAACAGUGAUGCAAAAUUAAAUUUAUCUUACUUUUAAAUGUUUGAGGUAUUCAAAGUUUGUCACAGUACGUUUCAGACUAACUUAAGUUUUGGAAUUCAAGGCAGCACCACAGCACUAGUUCAAAUUACCAACAAGUCCAAUAUUAAUAAUUAAUUUAGUUCGAUACUUAAUUUUGCUGCAAACAUCUAAUAUUAUAAGUAUUUGAUAAUGAAAAUAAAAAUUAGAAAAGCAAUCAAAGACCAAUUUAGACUAACACAACUUUUGCCUAAAACUGUCGCAUGCAACCUGCUUACAACUUGAGUUGCACUGUAUAAUCAGCACACAACUUGCCUACAUUGUCGUAGCCAGUUGUGUGCCAACCUCGUACGCAGGCUCUUACCUUCGCACGGGGGCGUGCGAAGGUAAGAGCCUGGGUACGAGGUUGGUUGUGUGCUUGAUUUACACAGUGUACAAUUCAAGUAGUGUAAGCUGGUUGCAUGCGACAGUUUUAGGCAAAGGUUGUGUAGUCUAAAUCGGCCUGUAAAUACAUCGGAUGAUGAAAUAAAAUGUAUUAUGUACACAGCAGUGUUUUAUCAUAUAUAUAUAUAUAGGCCGAGGGACGUUUUUGAGACCGAGACAAAAUAUUUUUCUAUCCGGACCGACCUAAACGGUAAAUAACGUAUUUAUUUUUUUGUCGAAGACUCAGAGGCAAAUGGCAACGGUUUUAUUAGAUUGCGCAUAUAGAAAACAAAACAAUAAAAAAUUUUGAUAUUUAAUUAUUUUACUUUAGAAAACAAACAAUUCAAUUAAAAUAUAGUACAAUUAUUUUAUCCAUCAUUAAAAUUAUUUCAAAAUUAUAUAUUCAUAUUUUUCAGUUUUAAAACAAACAUACAAAAAAUUUUUGCUUCGCUUCGGCCAUUACGUAUAGGAUUCCGGACCGUGGUCAAAUAUCGUAAAAUUCCGUCCGCUGCUGCAGCCAAUUAGAUUGCAGAAAACGCUAGGAUUCCGCCCGCCGCUGAUUUACAAAAAAAUAAAGAUAUGAAGCGAAGCCGAGUAUACUUAGGUCUGAUAAAAAACGCCGACAGCGAUUGUUUUAAAUUGUUUCAAAAACGAUCGAUCUGGUAAUUUCAUUGACGAAGUAAUUUUCAAGAAAUACGUUGUGUAAGUCGAGGAAAUUAAAGUUAAAGUUUAUGUAAAUCAAGGGAAUCUCUAUCACAUAUAAAGAUACGACACGCUUAUGACUUUCUUUGUGUUUUCCUCAUGAAUUAUUAAUGAUUUUUGAAUAAUGUAUAUAUUAGGAUUCACUGCUGAUCUUCGUUCCAAUACUGGAGGCCAAGCUUUCCCUCAAUGUGUGUUUGAUCAUUGGCAAGACUUACCUGGAGACAUUACCGAUCCAAGCUCAAGACCUGGCAAAGUUGUAGCUGACACAAGAAAGAGAAAGGGUCUGAACGAAGGCAUCCCACCUCUGGAUAAAUAUCUUGAUAAAAUGUAAAGGUUUAGAUACUAUAGCAUGGAAUUUGUUUUAAGGAAUUUGAAAAACUCAGAAGGUUUAUAUUACGGGGGAAGUAAAAUAUUAAGUUACACUAUGUAAACUAAGGUUGCUAAUUCUAUAAAAUAGGUUUAUAUUACGGGGGAAGUAAAAUUAAGUUACACUAUGUAAACUAAGGUUGCUAAUUAUAUAAAAUACGUAACAGAGGCCCGCAUCGUUUUUUUAUGCUGAAAACGGUUCCUUGCAUUGCAGCACAGCAUUUGUCCAACACAAAUAUGGCCGAAUACAGGUUCC